AAAAAUAUCUGACUCAAAUGAGAGAGGCAAUUUGAUAAAUAAAAAAAUUGAGAGGCAAUUUCCGGUAUUUUCCUAAUAAUCUAAGAUAUAUUUAUCGUCUCUGACUUCCAAAAUGAUUUGAUCGUCUCUGAUCUCUUGCUACUUUGACUUCCGUUAAAAAGAUGGGCGUUGAGGUUCUACACUUCGGUGGAUUUGAGGUUGUUCCGGCUCCUUUCGAAGUGACCAACGGGAAAAUGGACCAAGGUAAAGGAGAUAAAGUCUCCAUCAAGUUUGGUUCACUCGGCGAACCGCCAAAGAAAGCCGAAGAGAAAAACAACAACAACAAGAACAAUGUGUUGAUCUCUGAUGUACCUAAAGAUGCAGCAGAAGAGUGGCCUGCUGCGAAGCAGAUCCACUCUUUCUACUUUGUCAAGCACCGUCAUUUCGACGACCCCAAGAUCAAAGCUAAGCUUGACUUAGCUGAGAAGGAGCUUGAGAAGUUCAACAAGGCCCGUGCUGCAGUUUUCGACCAGUUGAAAGCUAAGAGGGCGGAGAGAUCAGAGUUAUUCGACCUGUUGGACCCGUUGAAGACCGAGCGUCAGGGGUUCAACGCCAAGUUUGAGGAGAAAAGAAAGGAGAUGGAACCGUUGCAGCAAGCAUUGGGAAAGCUAAGGGGCAAUGAUGGUGGUACUGGACGUGGACCCGCUAUAUGUUCUUCAGAAGAAGAGCUGAACAAUAUGAUAUACAGCUACCAAUAUCGGAUUCAACACGAGAGCAUUCCGUUAACCGAGGAGAAGCAGCUUCUCAAAGAGAUUAGACUGCUUGAAGGGACAAGGGAUAAGGUCAUUGCUAACGAGGCUAUGAGAGCCAAAAUAAAAGAGUCUAUGGGUCAGAAAGAUGAUAUCCAAGGGCAAGUUAAGUUAAUGGGUGCUGGCUUGGACGGAGUGAAGAAGGAGAGGCAAGCAAUUUCAGCAAGGAUUAAUCAGCUGAGUGAGAAGGUGAAAGCGACCAAAGAUGAGAUUCAGGUCCUGGAGAAUGAGCUGAAGACUGUGAGUGAAAAGAGGGACAACGUUUAUUCAAACAUUCGUGAGAUUAGGAAGCAAAGUGAUGAGACGAAUUCAGGGUUUUACCAAGGCCGUAAUGUGUUGAGCAAAGCUAGAGACUUGGCUGCACAAAAGAACAUAGACGAGCUUGAGGCCCUCGCCAAUGCCGAGGUUGAGAAAUUCGUGUCCCUCUGGUGCAGUAAGAAGAAUUUCAGAGAAGAUUAUGAGAAGAGAAUCUUGGCGUCGCUUGAUGCUAGGCAGCUGAGCCGAGAUGGCAGGAUGAGGAACCCUGAGGAGAAGGCUCUGGUUACUCCAGAGGCACCACCAGUAGCAAAGGUCCCUAAAGCUAAGGUAAAGCAGCAGCCAGAGGAGGAACCAGUUUCUGCACCUGAAUCAGAUGCUGCUCAUGUUGCUCAGAAGACGGAGAAAGCUAAAAAUGCAUUGAAGGUAAAGAAUGCUGUUGUUGUUGAUGAUGAAGAUGAAUUAUAUGGUCUUGGAAAGCCGCAGAAAGAAGAAGAGAAAAAGAUUGAUGAAGCAACGAUGAGAGAGAUGAGAAAGCAAGAGGAGAUUGCUAAAGCCAAGCUAGCCAUGGAAAGGAAAAAGAAGCAGGCAGAGAAAGCCGCCGCUAAAGCUGCGAAAAGAGCUCAAAUGGAAGCUGACAAGAGAGAGAAAAAGGAGCGAGAGAAGAAAGCCAAGAAGAACUUUGAUGCCGAGGCCGUCUCUGAGGAAGUUCCAGAAGUUUCUGAUGCUGAGAAGGAGGAGAUUGAAGCUCAAGGGGAGGAGAAACCACAGAAGGAAAAAGCCUUGGAGAAACCAAUAAGGAACAGAAUCCGCAGUAGAGGAGGACCAGAAACACUCCCAAGAGCAAUCCUCAAGCGUAAGAAGAAGUCAACUAAUUACUGGCUUUGGGCUGCUCCAACUGCUCUUGUGGUACCGAUGCUUCUUGUCUUGGGUUACUACUACGCUCUCUAGAUCAAACGUAGUGAUCAAGCGAGGCUGCGUUGUUGUAGUUUGGGACCUUUUAAAGCUUUCUUUUGAGGAUGAGACUCUAAAGCUUAUGCCUCAUUUACAUACAAGCAGAGACUCUCGUCCCUUUAGAAGGACUUCUACUUUCUCUCUUCUGUUGUUGAGGCUUUAAUGAAGAAAGAAAACAGUUUUUGUUACAUUUUAUAGUGCUAGAAAACCACAUUUCUACA